GUUGUCAUAGGGUGUGUGCUGUGAUGUAAAUGGAUCACAGGCUAACAUGCUCAGCUAUGUGUUUGUCGCGUGUUUAUCACUGGCAGUGUUGUUCCUUUCUCGCGAGUGGGUCGUUAAAUUUAGAAGUGAAUCAACUCCGGGGCCUUCUGUGCGCGUCCUGAGCAGCCGUGAAUUAUCACUGUACGACGGGGAGGAAGGCAGCAAGGGCCUUUACCUGGCCGUACUGGGCCAGGUGUUUGAUGUACACAAGGGGCACAGGCACUAUGGACCUGGUGGUGCUUAUCACUUUAUGGCAGGCAAAGAUGCGUCACUGGCUUUCAUCACUGGGGACUUCACAGAGAGUGGCCUGACAGAUGAUGUGUCCAGUCUGUCCCCACUGCAGGUGCUGGCUCUUUAUGACUGGCUGGCCUUCUAUCAGAGGGACUACCAAGCUGUAGGUCUGGUAAUAGGCCGGUUCUAUAGCGAGACCGGGCAGCCCACAGAGGCCCUGUUGCAGGCAGAAGCAUCUCUAGCAGAGGGCCAGCAAAUCAAGGCGCAGUCUGCAGCUGAGAUGCUACGCUUUCCAGCCUGCAACUCACAGUGGAGUGCUGCCAGUGGAGGGAGAGUGUGGUGCUCCACAAAGAGUGGUGGAGUGGAAAGAGCCUGGACCGGUGUCCCACGAAAGCUCUUCUCUCCUCGAACCAGUGGUGUUCGUUGUGUCUGUGUUGAAGACCCGUCUGCAGCAGAGGAAGACCCCAACCUGCAGAAGUAUGAUGGCUGCCCUCCACAUGCUGACUCAUGCUCUGUUAAAGAGUACUAGUCUCUGGGCCAGCCCAGAAAAUGGACCUAUUCAUGGCCUGCUUUUUAGCAACACAAAACUCAGGAAAACACAGGGACUUUUGCCAGUAAAUCACAGCGAUGAACUGAAGUGUAAUAAAAAGGUAGAAUGACACAAACUUAAUCCACUGGUUUUUGAUAACCUUUAUGUAAAGUUGUCCUCCCUUUCUCUAAAAGGAUACACCAGGAAGAGACAGGCUAGAUAUCUGAGCAUACAGAUACAAUAUAAUGUGCAUAAAAGAUUAAACAAUGUGCAUAAAAGAUUAACAGAGGCAAGAUUUAGGUUUGUCACAAUGACAAGCACAAACUGCAUUAAAGUACAAAACAGUUGUAGUGGUCAAAAAUAUCACACAUUUAUCUGUACAAUUUAACAAUACUUAAAGAGGCCCCACUACCAGGCCAUCCCUCUGCUCCACAUUCUCCCCAAUGAUCGGAAAUGCCAUGUGAUCUUGAUAAAGUGCACCUGUUAGGCUUGGAAAUCAAGAAGUUAAAUGUGAUGGGCCAAGACAACAACUUGACUUGAGGCAACAUUGUGGGGGCUAUGAUAACAACUUCCAAUGCAGACCUCAUGGCAGAUCAAAAAUGGAAUGUAAUCAUUUGGUGACUGAUUUUGAAAUAUGACUUAUGAUUAUGACAAUGACAUGUACAGGCUACAAAUUAAAUGACAUGCAUAGGCAUAUUAGGCAUUUCUGUAACUUAGGAGGAAGAUUGCUAACAGAAUUUGUUUUGGGGAGCACAUUUCUAUUCCUGUUUUGUUAAAAUACGCUUUCUCAGGUCACAUGUUCCCAACUUGCCAUGUUAAAAAGUAAACAUCGCAUUUAAUUUGGCUGAUGCCCACACAUGAUAGACUAUGUAUCAAUCAUGGAGAAAAAACAAUCCCAUUUCAUGAGGAAUUUCAUCUUUGUCCAGUGGUGCCAUCUUUCACCUCGAACAGCAAAGUAAUGCAACGUCAAUAUUACAAUUCUGAAUCUAACUGAAUUAGAUCUUUGAAAAUGAUGCCGAUUUAAAAAAUAAGUUGAGCUGCUUUCCUCUCCUCCUUGUCUGUCCCACUUAAACCAGUCAACACAGAAUUGGGGUGACAGAAAAGUGGAAGAUAAAAGAUUACAGAGAACAUGCUGAUAGUUCAGUCUUUGUAGAUCUAGAGAUCUAGGGGCAUUUUCGUUUUCAUCAGCGCUCAUAUAAAUGUAAAUAUUCAUGAUGUAGCAUGGAAUUUGUUUUUCUUUGGGCAGGUAGCAUAGCAUGAAGGCUGCUGAUGGUGAAAUAUCCCAACAGAACAGGAAAAAACCCCUCCAAAGGUGACUUGACCAUUCAAAUGUUCAUCACUGAGUUGAAUGUCUACUUGCCACAGCUACCUGCUUGUGAUGAUAAGAGCUACUCAUGACAAACAUCAUUGAACUUGGGAAAGUGAUUAACAAACUCAGUCCAGCCAUGACUGAGCUGGAGAGCUGCUUAUAUGCACUUUAAGAUACUUUGAUCAAAACAGAAACAAAAAGACAAUGUUUCACUUUCUAUUUGAAACACCUCUCUAGAACAUUAAUAAUUUUUCAUAGACUGGAAUAGUAUAAAGGUGAUGGUCCAUAACUGUCCGGGAAUCUCUUGUUAGUAUGUCCUGCUACUGAUGUCCCUUCUCCUGGUGUGCCUGAAUAAUUGUGCCAAGUUGGGCCUGGCAUGGCCAGUGUCACAGGGUGGAGGAUAUCCAGGCUGCUGCAUUACGAUACCCCACCCAGAGUUAGUACAUCAAAGCAGAUGUCACACACCCUCACCGGCUUGUUCAAGUCAAACUUGAUGAUGGGGAUCUCCUUUAUAGAGCACUUGUGGCACAACAGGCGCCCACAGUGGCGGCUAGAGAACAGUCAAGGAGAAACAGGAUUAAUCAUGCAGUCUGACACAAAAUCAAAUAUAAGUGAAAUUAAUCCAAACAAAUGUACGGUACAUUUCUAUUAUUAAAAAAAAACAACAACAAACGACUAACCAGUGAUGUUUCCGUGUAGUAACACCAAACUUGGCAGCACAUUCAUAGCAAUUGGACCCAUCACACCAAGGGGGCUCUUUGGACAGCAUAUCUAAAGAACAAUUACCUGGUUAUUAACCCACAGAUCACCAUGGGGGUCAAAUGAAUCAUAUCAGAGCAUAUCACUUUAAUGUGGGGCUGUCAUUUUAACAUACGCUGAAUGCCUCACAGAAAAUGAAGAGUGAAAAGUUACCUAGAAGGCGGAAGAGCAACUGCUUGGUUGCAACUUGGUAGUUGAAAAUGUUGAUGCCCUGAUUAUUAUUGAUGCCCAGUCGAGCCCCAGCCCUUACAAUGGCACGGCACAGGUUUGCGUUUCCUUUCAUGUAGGCCAGGAGCAGAACUGUAAUGAAAUACAGGUCACAGUCAUUCUUUCACAAGUGUACCACUGGUAGUAAUAUGCUAUUGCUAUACUGUUAACAGCAGUAAUAAUUUAGCCAGCUACUGUACCUGUGUUCCCUUCAUUAUCUGGUUUGUCCAAGGGGUAUUCAGGCAUACACUCCAGGAACAACUCAAAAAUGGCAGCGGCAUUCUCUUUUCCAUAAUGGCCUAGCACAUGCAUUGGUGACUGACCCCUAAGCAGACACAUUAGAUGAAAGGGAGACAGGCAAGUCGACAUUAGAGACUACAGAAGGUUGUAAGUUAUGUCUAAAAACUGACAGCUUCUACAUUGUUAAUAUUCAGUUUCUAUCCAAUUUUCUACAUUCUGUUACGUUAAUGUACUGCUGCAAUGACUAAAAGCAUGACCCCACUGACCUCAAGGUAACAUCUGACUGUAAAAGAGAGUACCUGAGAUUGAAGGCCUCAGCAUCAAUGUUGGACUCUGUGAGAAGGGUUCUGACAUUGUUAAGGCGACCCUGCAUCACAGCCAGAUGCAGAGCUGGGGAGACAACAAGAAGGACAGACAAAAGAGUCAAAUGUCUUACACAUGGAUUACGGUAUGUUGGGGUGGUGGGAUGAUA